AUGACCGACCUCGACGCGACGGUGGCGAGCUUCACGCCGACGCGGUCGCCCUCCGCGGACCGCUCCUCCGCGUCCGAGCCGUCGCCGACGCCGACGCCGACGCCUUCUGAUGAUGCGUCGAGAUCGCCCCGCGUCAUCGUCACCCCGGGCCGCGAUCUCGACGCCGCGGCGAGCCGCGCGGCCAGGCGCGACGCGGAGCUCAGCGCGCGCGAGGCCGCGCUCGCGGAGCGCGAGGCCGCGCUCGCGCUCGAGCGCGCGGCCUUGGCGAGCGCGCGCGAGGCCGCGAGCGAGAGCACGUCGAGGGUCGCCGCGGAGACGACCGUCGCGUGCAACACCGCGGCGAAAUCGAAAGCCAUGAACGCCGCGGUCGCCGCGGAGCUGAACCGCCGGGAGGACGCGCUGAGUCGCCGCGAGGACGAGAUCGCGGCGAGGGAGCGCAGGGAGACGUCCGCCGCGCUGCGCGAGCGCGAGGACGUCGUCGCGGAGCGCGAGAAGCGUGCGGCCGCGGUCGAGGCGCAGCUCGACGCGAAGCUCGCGGAGGCGGAGCGCGCGGAGGCGGCGCGGGGCGCCGCCGCGCGCGACGCGAUCGAGACCGUCACCGCGAACUUGGAACGCCGCGCCGCGGAGGUUGCGAGCGCGCAGGUUCAGAGCGACGAGCGCGCGCGCGUCGCGGACGACCGCCUGAAGGCUGCGGACGAGCUGCACGCGUCCUUGGAGGCGAGGGAACGCGCGGCGACGGAACGCGAGUCCGCGUUGUCCCAGCUGCAAGACGCGGUCGAGCAGCGGAGCGAGGCGCUGCGCGAGGCCGGGCGCGAGCGCGGGGAGGCCCUGGAGGCGAUGCAGAUCACGCUGAAAGCGCGGGAGGAAGCGCUGAAGGCGGUGGAAGCGCAGCUCGCGGAGUCGAGGGCGAGAGCGCGAGAGACGGCAACCUCCCAGGGCGGCGGCGGCGGCGGCAGCGGCGGCGGCGGCGGCGACGACCUCUCCGAGGACGCCGUCCAGAUGCUGCACGUGCUCCAGCUCAAGCUCCAGCUCGCGGAAGCCGAGCGCGCGGCCGCGGAGGAUAAGACGAACGAGAUGGAGCGCAGGUGCGAGCAGUUCGAAGCCGUCGCGACCGCGGCGACGGACCUCGCGUCGAAGCUCGAGGCGACGGUGUCGACGCAGCAACGCGUCCUGGAGACUUUGAACGAAAACGGCGCGGGCGAGUCGUCAGAGUUGGAGCUCGCGAACGCGGAGAUCGCGCGGUUGAAGCUGAUGAAUAACGGUGCUGGCGGUGGAGUGGGCGAAGAGAACAAGGAUGAGGAGAUUGCCACGCUGAAACGCGCGUUGCGUCUCGCGGCUGAGCGCGCCGCCGCCGCGGAGAAGGCGGCGAAGGCGGCGAUCGCGCGCGUCACCGCGCACGCAAAGGCGCAGAAGAACGGGGAGAUGGACGCCCUUCGCGCGACGCACGACGCCGAGGUCGCCGCCGCGGUCGCGAAGGUUUCGAAGGGCACCGCGAUCGAGGACUGGGUCGCGAUCGCCGACGACGCCAGGCGCGAACGCGACGACAUCGCGGAGGAGCUCCGCGUCGCGUCCGCGGCGAGCGCUCGCGCGGCGGCGGUGUCGGAGAAGCUCGAUGUUCGCACCGCGACGUUAGCCGCGACGACCGCGGCGCUGGAGGAGGUUGUGAGGUCUUCUCAUGGGGGACGGGUGUUGGCGUCGUCACAAGAGAGCCCCCGGGCUGCUCCGAAAAACGACGACGACGCGUCGGAAGACCAUAUGGCAGUGUUGGACUACCUGUGCUCCGUCGCGCGCGAGCGAUUUAAGGACGACGGCGACGGCGGCGACGGGGGGAGGGACUUGUUCGAGGGCGGGAAGCUCGAGGCGCGCGCGCGCGUCGCGGUGAAGGACGUGACGCGCGCGUUGACCGAAGCGGCGGCGGCGGCGGCGGCGGGGGGGGGGGUUGGGGGAGCGGGGUCGGGCGUGCGCGCGUUUGCUUCACCGGCGACGGGCGAGGGAGGACUGAAUCCUGAGAGGGACCUGAGCCCGAUCGAGCGCGCGACGAGCCCGGCGGUGAUGAAGCUGCACGCGAUGGAGGCGUCGUUUGCGGCGCAACGCGAGCGGAUGACGACUUUGACGAUGUAG